GCUCCGCAUCAGCUGGAGCCACACGGCCAUUUCACAUAAACUAAGCACCCCGAGUCAGAGUCACAGCGAAUACACUGAGCUAACAGCCUAAUCACACUUACAGUCAACUUGGACAUCACCGGGUCUUGCGCCAUGCCUGAUAUUGAAGUACUAAAACGUCCUUCACGAGAAGGCGGAGACAGUUUGCAAGAUCGAGGGGAACUGCAGAAAGUGUACUCCAGCCAAACAUGUGCACUAGCAAACACUCCAACACCAUGUGUGGGUAAAGCAAUGUCCCACAUCCAGGAACUAAUGGACAAACUGGACCACUGGUCCCACCAGGCAGCUACUACACAGCAUGAUAUUUCUGAAGGAAAAAAUAAAAAUGACGGCAUCUCCAGGUUUGAUUUGUCCUGUUUGAAAACUCACACUGAGCUGUGUAUUGAAGGCGUGGGGCUUUUUUAUGAAAAUGAAACGUCGUGUCCCUUCUGGAAGGGGACAGGUGGCGUUCUGCUGGAGGUGGUGUCACUUAUCAAGCGCCUGGAGUCAGAUCGGCAAGAGGCCAAGGAGGCACUGCAAGAGGAAUGGCAUAAAGCACAGCGCCUGAGAAGAAAACAGGACAGUCUCUUUCUGUGGAAACAACAACAGCUUCCCGCAGAGGUGCAGCUAGAAUAUGAAGCCUGCACCAGAGACAUUGCAGAGCUGAGGUGGCAUCUUAGAGUAAAUAACGAUCAAAUGCACCAAGUCAGAAACAUCCUGAAGCAGGUCGAGGCACAGAAUCUUCAACUGCUCGAGAAUAUCGAUUUUGUAAAGAAACAGGGCCCACUUGUAAAAGAGAAGUUGCACUUGGAAGAUGGAAACAUGAAGCAGAUAGAAUCAGCUCGAACGGAGACUGCUGAGGUGCUCACGAAGUUGUCCGAUGAGCUAAGAAAUUCCCAGCAGGAGCUGGAGAAUGAUGAACUGCAGAUGAAUAACGAAAGGAGUGCCAUAACACAGACACUCAAAGACGUCCGCACUCAGCUUAAAGAGCGAAUCUCCGAAAUCCAGCAGCUGAAGUCUUCCUGGGAUGUUACUUGUGCCAGAAUCCGUGAGACUGAGGAGAAGGUUGCAUUUAAAGCUAAACAGAUUGAGGCCAGGCUCCAGCAGAUCCCCAUUCUAGAAACGCAAGAGACCGAAAUAAGCAAUGUCGUUAUGGAACUAAAAGCAAAACUACAAAGUCAUGAAAGAAAACUGGCAGAAAAACAAGAUGACUUGACAAACUUUCUAAAGCAGAUCCAAGCAACUAGGCAUGAAGGAGAAGCAAAUGUCUGCGAGUCUGAGGAGAUCUUCAGCAGGAAGCGUCAGGAGCUCCUACGCCUGCGUGAUAAAAAUAAAGAACAUGAAAUAGAAACCGAGGACUACAAUAAGAAGAUCCGUCAAAGCAAGCAGGCGGAGCAGCAGCUGCAGAAGGACCAAAAGCGGAUACUAGAGAAGAUCAGUCAAAAUGAGGAACAGAGGGAUCAGGCCAAGGGUGAGCUGGCACUGCAGACCACCCGCCACACUAACACCAAGGCUCGGCUGGAGGACCUGGAGCAGCAGACACUCGUUCAGGAGCAGAGCAUGAGGAAAGAGAGAGAAACGUUGAAGAUGCAGCUGAUGAGUGAGAUGAAGCUGGUAGCCGUCGUCAAGGGUAACAUCGCCUCAAUUAUGAAGGAAUAUAAAGAGACAGAAGCCGAUUGUGAGAGAGAGAAAGACAAGGUAGUGAAAGAACAUGAAGAGGCCUCGUCUGCAUUCGCCCAGCUGGAGACGGAGUUGUUUAAACUGCGAGAAAUACACACAGCCAAAUCUAAAAAAAUUGAGGACUUGAAAAGGAAAUUGAGUGAUGUCCUGACUGCACAUAAAAGCCUGUCUGAUGAUCUGGACCAGCAGAAGCGUGCCUGUCUCGACCAUCUGCUUUCAGCUAAAGAAGCCCACAAGACAGACUUGGUGAGAUGUGAACAGGUUUCCAGAAGGAUCGAGGAGCUCAGGCUAAAGUGUGAAGAAUACAGAAAGGAAUCAGCAGUAAUGGAGGACAUGGUUACUGCCAUGCCGCAAAUCCUGGAAGAACUACAGAGUGAAUCUGACAUGGUGGAGUAUAAGCACAACCUGAUCAGCACAGUGAUGUCCAGCCUGCAGAGUGACACAGUGGCCUGCAGAAACAGGACAGCCCUUUCAAAGGAAGCUCACUCGUCCCUCCUUUCCCAACAGCAGGCUGUGAUGCAAGACUUGAAGGCUAAUUUGAGGAAAGCUCUAAAAGAGAACGCGGAGUUGGCGCAGGAAUACAGGGAGCUGCAGAAAGCCGUGAUGGUUGCCAAGCGAGAAGCUGUGUUCACGUUGAGUGAGAAAAACAGAGCCGAGGCCUCUUUUCACAAUCACACACAGCUUUCAUUGUUGCAGAGGAGGAUGCACAAAGCCAUGCUGAAAUACUUCAAACACCGCAGCGUCUACAGCCAAGCAGAGCUGGCCGGCUUCCAGGCCCUCUCCAACCAGAACAAGCAGAAAAUGAAAGCCCUCCAGGAGGACUUGUCCAGAGCAAUCCAGCGCAUCUCGGCCUUCCUGACGGACGCCAGCCACGACGCCACAGCAGACAAACAGAGGCGCGUGGACCUCGAUGGACUUAACAGGCCGAUGCCUACAGUGCAGAUAGCAGAGUAAUUGGACGCUCACCUUUGUGCCAGACAACUCACUUAUAACCCUCUCCAAGCGUGCUUCACUCUCUCCACCCUCUCUGCUCCUCACAGCCCAAUCCAUAACAAUGAAACAGGUGACUUUCAUGCUGCUGUCAGGAAUGAUCUAAUUUUAGCUGGGUGAAUGAUUGCAAUUGGCUUUGCCUCAUCAGAUAAUUAAUCUAUGUCACCAUUAAUUGGAAAAGAGAAUAAUUACAGGGCUGUGUUGACAGAAAUUCUACGCUUCUUCACAUUCCCGGAUCUAAUUACACCUACUAAAACCCUCCUGACCUUAUCCCGUGGUUAGUAUACCUGCGUAGUCUUAACCAGCGCAUGGCCGAAGUAUACGCUUCCUCCGUCACCCUGGAUCUCUCUCUCGCUUCCUCUCGCUCUCUUUCUCUCUCACUCUUUUUGUUGUUUAUUCUCCUUUUUUCCCCCCAUCUUCCUGCCCGCAGAACUGUCUCUCUCAAUCACUUUUCAAUAUUCAAUCUUAAUUUUGUGGAAGUUUAGCAUUUUCAAUGAGCUGGAGAUGAAUGAUUAAUGAAUAAAUUUAAAUGCUUCAUUUUGUCCAUGGAUCAUUAGUCAAGUCCUUUGUGGGAAGGACCUGCAAAAAAAAAAAAAAAAAAAAAAAAAAAAAAAAAAAAAAGAGAGGGAAAAUUAUUGAGACAUUAGCCUGAAGCGAUCCAGGGGUAAAUAGUAUGCACAGAAGGAUGUUGUGUGAGCACUACCCACUGGCGUUCCUCAGAACCCCAUGAAAACACUUGUGUUCCUAUUUUCUCUCAUCACAUGACUAAUGUGCAUCAGUGACGAAUUCAUUUGGGAUGAGUUUCUCGUUUCAUUUCUGCAGUUAACUCCUCGCUCGUUCACUUACGCGUAUGCAUUUUUAAAUAGGGGAGUAUUAUAUGUAUAUAUGUAUUUGUGGAAAUAAUGUGCAUUAUUACAGCAGUUGGUGUCUUUUGGAUUCUCCAGAACCAUAACAGAGAGUAUUUUUUUUUGUCUAUAAUAUGAAAACUGAAAAGAAAAAUAGAAAAUAAGUUCGAUUUGUCAUUGUAAAUGAUUAUGUAAGGAAUAAAGCCCUCAGCGUGGUGCUGUUAAAUAGGAAAUUAAUCAACAAUGGCGUCAUGUGAUGCGACUCGAGGGGAAGUGGAGUUACUGUUACCACCCUGAAGUUGAUUAUUUUCCUAUUACAGUAUGUCCUGAAGUAUUAUAUUCCUUUUAUACCACAGCAAUUUCCUAACAAUUACAAUUUUUCUAUUUAUUAAAGCACGUGUUGUCAUUUUUAUACAUUUAUAGUUACAUUUAAGGUUUAGAACAGUCAUAUCCAGCUAUAAACCACUGUCCCAUAACCAGCCUCUCUUUUUUAUUCUAACUCUAUCCUGAAGACUUUCCAUGUCAGCAAACAUAAAAUUACAAAGCACUGACACUGGAGACUCCUUCCACAUACAUGUCCUUAUAGAAAACUUCACUACGCAUGGAAUCGUUCCUAUAGAAACAAUAACAUUACGGCAAUGGCAUUCAUAUAAACGGUGCGUUACAGCCGAACCUUCUGACCAAUCAGAAGUGAGAAUUCAACACCACAGUGCUAGCGCUUAUGUAAUAGCUGAGCUGACUUCCUGAAUUCCUGACAGCCGUAUAUGAAGCGUAUAUGGAGCUGCGUGAUGCUCUGGUGCUUCGCAGGCUGUCAGAACGUGUUCAUCCGGAUUCCAUCGCAAGGCUCUCGGAAAUCUCACUCCAGAGAGUUGUUAAUGAAACAAUCAAGCCAUAGUAUAGGCCACUGAUGAGUAACACAACACAGUGCAACAAUUUGCUGACAGGAUCUCAGGAUAAUGUUGCGUCAAACAACGUUCGUUGUAUUUGCUCUUUAGGUUCUCACUAUAGUGUCUCUGUUUUUGUGCAGUGAGAGCUGACGUUCCCUCUUUUUUUUUUGCGUGCUCUGGAUGCCAUGGUCAUGUUUUGAAGGAUGAAGUGUCUCUCUGCUAUCUCUUCCAGUUUGGGCAGCCAUAUUUUAAAUUAGUACACUUCCCAAACACAUUCAUCUGCGCCCUCUAUCCUGCUAAUCAAUCCUGUGAAAUAAAUGGCACCAAACCUGGAACGCCAUAGUGUCAUUAAUUUCUCUAGAAACAUGCAUCAAAUCCAUCCAUCCCCGUGUCGCGCUGCUCUGACGUUCACAGACACACGGUUACGCACAUGCAUGCGCUUCAUGAAAUACACAAACGCAAUCUUUCUUUUGUAUUCGUUUAGUAUUAUAUAGUGCAGGUCAACAGCAUUAUAUAGUAUACAUAGACACAAAGGACUGGAGCUACAAGAAAUAUUCAUCUUCAUGUUAAUAUCCUUUUAUCCCUCUUUUUUUUGUUUUCCCCAUAAAGCACAAAACUGUAUGCAGAAUAAAUGCCUCCUGUAUUUGCGAUAUUAAGUCAUUUCAAACAGCAGUAUGUUUUUGGAUACAGUUAGCAGAGUGACACUAGAAGUCAGUAGUAAUGGCCUUUUUAAGAGAUAUCAUAUUUAGCUAACACCUUUGUGCCUUCGUGGAUUAAUGCCCCUGUUUACACCUGUGAAUCUGAUAUUGAUACAGUGACAACGGCUCGAGCCAUGUGAAUGAUGCUGAUGAGUUUGUGUAUUCAUUUAAGUGUGUGUGGUGGUGGUGGUGGGGUGGGAUGGAGAGAAAAAAAACGUCUGGAAAGAAAAGACAAAAAAAAAAAUAAAAAAGAGAGAAGUGGCAAACAAAUUCAUCAGGAAAAUAAUGUAUGUUCCUUUUUUCCUCCACACUUGCCUGCUCUCCCACACAUUCAUCUUAACAGAAUAAUAAUUUGUGAAAGUCUCUGACAUUUGUGGCUAGCUAGCAUGGUAAUAAACCCGUGGCUCGGAACGUUUUUUACUUAAUUAGAGUCAAUCAAUCCAAACUUUUGCUCACUUACCGGUGUGAAACAGCGAUAUAAUGAGCAGAAAUCAGCACGGUGAUUGGAAAUACAAAUUACAGCUGUUUAAAGGAAACCACACACUCUACUACGUGGCCAGCGAUGCAGAAGCCUGCUGGGGACAUCUUGAAGGGUUUGGUGCCAAAUCGACGGCUACAGUAGCUCAGGGAGAAGGUGCGAGAGAGAGAGAGAGAGAGAGAGAGAGAGAAUACAGUGGGGGCUAAUUCAGUAUGAGUACUGUACAAAACGAAGACUGUUUCAGUUUAUCCCAGUGAAAUAAGUCAUUACCAUUUCAAAAUCGUAUAUUAAUCUGGAAUGUGACUAUUACUACUAGUGCUGUUAUUGGAAAUUAAUCAACGAUUAGGUGGUGUGAAGAAGCGGAGUCACUGUUCCCACCUGGAAGUUUAUUAUUUUCCAAUAACAGCACAUCCUGAAGCAUUUCAUUCCUCUUAUUAUCAUUUGCCAAUGAUUAUAAUUUUGUUAAAUUUAAGUCAGUGGGAUGUCCAAGAAACAAAACAGCCAAAACAAACAAAAUAAACCAGUGUAAAACAACUCCUGUCCUGGAGACGUUCCUGUGUCGGAAAACUUACAAAGAAACACCUUCCAAAAAUGCUAUCUAAACGCACUAAACGAGCAGUGCACGCUUUUUCCACACAUGAAUGUGAGCUGUUAAUAUAUAAACGGUAACAAAUUAGAAAGAGCGCAUUAAUAUAAGCCUUGCUGCUCUUAUAGAAAAUUAAUCAACACCUUCUGACCAAUCAGAUUUGAGAAUUCAGCAGCGCUGUGAUAUAAGGCCUGGUAUUGUUCAUGUCUGGGGUUUUUUUUGUAACAAGUUAAGUGGAGGAGCCUUUUAAUUUUCAAGCAAAGGUUAAUUUCUGAAGUUUCUAAAGCGCACAAGCUGAGCUUGGCAGCCACAGCUUGACGUUGUGUUGCAGUUAUUAUUGUCAGACUAUCCAAGGGAGCACAGAUAAUGUAAAAUUCUCUGCUUGGUCCCCAUUUGUUUCACUGCUGACUGGAGGGAGUAAUUGGGUGGUGCUGACCAUAUUAUUAUCCAUUUUCAAAUGGGUUACAGCAGUGUCGGAACAAAGGAAGGGAAAUGAAAUUAAAGGCUUAAUGUCUACGAAUGUUGCUUUUUGCACCAAAAGGAAGUGCAAAGCAGAGGGAUUCAACAAAUAACCCAAUCUAAUAUGUGUAUUAGAUGUUCUAAUAUGUGUUGAGGGUCCUUUAUGGGAAAAGCACAGACAUUUCAUAUUCAUGUGUUUAUGUGAAAAAUGUACGUAUGUGAAAAUAUAAAUAAAAUAAAAUAUGUGACCAUG